AUGAUUAAGGUAGUAAUUGAAAAUUGUAGAGAAAUAUUAACUAAUUGACUAGUUGAAAAUUAUCAGUCAUCAAUUAUUAAUUAAUGAUUAUGGUUAUCGAUCAAUUUCAAUCGUUUUGAGCGGAAUGAAUGAGUGAAUAGGUCGUGUCGUUUCGAGUGAAAAAAAAGUAGCAGAGAUGGCCAUCAAUCAUUGGAUUCCUCAAUAUUAAGAGAAUUUGAACGUUACAUUGAUCAAGGCUUCACAUAUAAUCAUCAAAAUUUAAAAAUAUAAAACAAAUAAUGUGGAACUGCCAGUUAUCCAUUAAGUUAAUCUCAAAAACCCUAAACUAUCGAUUGAUAAAACAAUUUCGAAUAUUCAAUUGAUGAUUAAUGUAGUAAUUGAAAAUUGUAGAGAAAUAUUAACUAAUUGACUAGUUGAAAAUUAUCAGUCAUCAAUUAUUAAUUAUUAAUGAUUAUGGUUAUCUCUGGAAAGUGGAUAUUUUGUUAGACAAGUCGAUGGAAAAAAUAGUGAUACCGGAAUUUAUCGUGAAACUGAUGGGCAUGAAAUUUACCUGGUUGACUGAUAUCCUCACACUGGUAACAUGCUGGGGAAGUAAACGUGGUGUACGUAUUGUAUGUUGUUCACGGUCGGCUACAGCAAAGCUUAUUGUCCGACAGAGGGGCGUAGCGACUGAGCUGACGAAUACCAUCCCAGCGGCGAUUACGGCAACGGAAAGCCUGGAACGGACAAUGAGCAAGCACUUGCCACCCGGUGACAGUCUGUGUACCACGCUAUCGUCCCCACAGUUCUCCCAGGCGCUAUCAAUGUUCUGGUCUGCUUUGCAGUCGGGCCAAGCCAGCCCAGUUGUACGACAAUUUGGACUUGGGGCUGAUGCUGUCAAUGCAGCUGCCACUGGUAAUCUUGAGGAGUUUGUCAGUGCUCUCGAGGGCGAGGGCAAGUCAGGGGCCGCUGGACAAGCUGGCGAGACCGAGGAGAAGAAGGCUGAGGCUAAGGGCGAGGGAGCACCCAGCAGCGAGAAGAAGGACGAUGGGGAGGAUCCCAUGGCACUCGAUUGAGGAGGUUUUUUUUGGCUUUUUUGGGGAGGAGAGUUCGAUUUUUUGGAGGAGCUUUCGUUAUUAUUCGAUAAUGGUUUUUGAUCGUAUGGAUUAAUAAAUGAGAUUUGAAAGAUUU